AUGCAAAAUAAAUAGAUAAAAACAAACACCUCAUAAAAUUUAAGGUAAAAGCUAGGUCUGAAAGACUCCUUAACCAAUAUUAAUUAAAUCUACAGUCAACCUCAUUCAUCAAAAGGUGCUGAAACUAGAAAAAAGGAAAAUGUGUAAGAUUGCAAUACUAUGAAGAAAAAAUUAUUUAACAUGUUGGGAUAAAACUAUAAUUCAAACAAAGCGUUCUCCAUAUCCCCUACUAAUUCCCUUAAGUAAAACUAUUUUGUUUCCACAUCAACACAAUAAAAUUCAAAAUAGCUUUUACAAAAACAAAAUAACACUCUUGAUUGCCAUACUUCAGUUGCUUAAAAUCUCUUUGGAAAUUCAGCUAAGAAUGUAUAGUCAUAACCAUCAUUAAACUAAUUUGAAAAGUACACAUCCUUCUUAGAGAAUCAAAAUUUUGAAAACCGUAAUCCUCCAAUCAAUCCAGCAAAAAAAGUUGGGAUUGCUAAGCCUAAUUCUACUCAAUCCAGAAAUCAUAAAACUGACAGAAGUUCAUUAAUUGCAUUAUUUGAGAAAUUGCAUGAAAAGGAGUGUCAUAAUAAACAUCGUAAAUAAACAUCCUAAAAUUCUAAUUAUGUUGUUAAUAACUAAAAGUAACAGCCUUAAGAAUGUUUUUAUACAGAAUUGAAGUUUCGACAAAAAAUGAAAGGAUCAUUAUCCAAUAAUUCCUCCGGUUAACUUUGUUCUCAUCUUAACCCUAAUUCAUCAUCUACUUAAAUUCAGUAAAACCAAUAAAAUAGUAUAGACGAUAAUUUACAAUAAUUAGCUGAAAGAAUGUAAUACAUUUUAAAUAGCUAUCAUUAAAAGUUGAAGCAAGUAGACUUUGAAAAAGAAGUGCUAAUUUAAGAAAUCUAAUAUUGGAAAUCUAAAUAUUAAAAGUGUUAAUAAAAAUCAUCAAUAUCUUGA